AUGGCCAGGAUCAAUGUUAAACUGCUAAUUAAUCAUUAUGACAGAGAGUUCAAAGUCCAAAACUUAGAUUUUCCGGAAUCUGCCAAGGUUAAAUUGGUAAAAGAGAGGUUGCUAGAAUCCGAGACGUUUAAGGAAUGUAAUAUACGGGUUAUUUAUCGUGGCUUAUUAUUAACUGAUGAGAAGCUCUUGAAAAAUCUCCCUGGUUGCUCCUACGACGAACUUAUUCUAACCGUUUUUAUCACAAAGCCAAAUUCACCUCCGGCUUCCACUCCACAGCGUAGAGAUCUUUGGAAAUGGAGCACUUCUGCCUGGAUAGCUAUAAUAGCUACUCUAUGGUGUUACAAGUUCAAGUUUGAGCAGUCUUUCAAGAACUUUUCCGUUUUAAUUCUCUACAUAGCCACCUUUUUCUGUGUUCACACUCUUGUAUCGAGGAUUAUCAGGGGCAAUCGUAGUCGGCAGCCUACAUCUGCUGCUUAG